AUGAAUAUGGAGGAUGAUGGGGACAUCUCGAGGGUGGCAUUCUCGAAAUUGCAGGCCAAGGAAGAAGAGAUCGAGAGGAAGAAGAUGGACGUUCGAGGGAAAGUCGAGCUCCAGCUCGGACAAUCCAAGGAGCAGAUUAGGCGCCUUGCGUACGUCUGGGAGGAGUUGGAAGAGCUAGUAGACGCCCUCGGGAAGGAAGUCGCCACCGUGAGGAAGAAGAUAGACAUUACUACUCGAGAGCUAAAGCCACUCGGACUUUGCUGCCAAAAAAUGGAGAAGUAUAAAGAGGCCACGAAGGCCUUCAAUGAGAAGAGCAAGGAGAAAGCUCAGCUAUCAGCCACACUCAUGGAGCUGCUGGCGAAGAGCGAGCGGCUGAGGAUGCAGAAGCUCGCGGAUCUGAGCAAAUGCAUGGAAUCUGUACGUUAG